AUAUAUACGUAUAUAUAGCUACACAAUCUUAUCAAUUCCAGUACACAGUAGAAAUCAAUUCCAAGCCUAAAAACACAGACUAUGUCGACGACAAGAUUGAUAGUUAGCUUCACCAAGCUUCAUAUCAAUCCUUCCAGGAGUUCUCAGACAUUCAUCUUCAAUCCCAUUUCUGAUCAUUCAGCUGCAAUCUCCAAACACAGGAAUAUAUCUUGUUUUCCGGCUAACAGGAUGUUGCGAGUUAUCAGGAUUGGCCAGAGAGGUCAAACCCAUGCCAAUACAAAGAGGGACUUGGCUGUCUAUAGCAGUGUCCAACCAGGAGCUCCACUUCCCUCAGGACCCCCUUCAAACUCUUUGAAACAUUGGAUUGUAGGAAUGCUAAUAUCAGCAAUUGUGCCAUUUUUGAGGUUCAAAUGGGGGCCAUUAUUCAAACUGAGAAAGGAAAUUGAACACGCGGUGGAGACAGCGGACCGUGUAACAGAAGCUGUAGAAAAUAUAGCGGAGCAAGUGGAGAAGGUGGCAGACGAAAUUGGCGAUGAGCUUCCUGAAGGUGGAAAACUUCAAAAAGCCUUUGCUAAUGUUGAAAAAAUGGCCAACAAAGCUGCUAAGGAUGCUCAUGUAGUUGAACAAUUCAUCGAUAAGAUUGAGGCAAUGGAGGAAAAGUUGGACUCGUUCAUUGAACCAGUGAUUGAUGAGGCCAGUGAGAUAGCCAAAGAAGCAAAAGAUAACAAAUCAAGUGCAUAAUUUUUAAAUCAUGGUCAAUGUACCAUUCUAACCUGUAAUUUGGUUAGAGGAAGAUUGAGAUUUGUUGAAAUUCAUUUGUAAAGGCAAUUUGAUUAUACUAUUCCAAAUAAAUUAAUUUCUUUGUAGUCUUGGUCUUUACGUUAUUG